AUGGAUCAUCAACAUGAGCUGACACUAUUUUGCUCUAUGCAAAAUAUUUCCCGUCGGCUCAAUCAGAUCCUGAGCACCUAUGACCGAUAUCGAACAUUCAGCACACUAAACCUCCAACGCCGCAGAAUCGGUGAUGAAGGGGCAGAACGCAUUGCGAAUGCGUUGCGAAUGAACACGACACUCACCACACUAAACCUCUGGCACAACGAAAUCGGUGCUGAAGGAGCACAAUACAUUGCGGAUGCAUUGCGAACGAACACGACACUCACCACGCUAGAUCUCAGCUAUAACGGAAUCGGUGCUAGAGGAGCACAACACAUUGCGGAAGCGUUGCGAACGAACACGACACUCACCACACUAAACCUCGUUUCGAACAUAACCUUUGCUGAAGGAGCACAAUACAUUGCGGAUGCAUUGCGAACGAACACGACACUUACCACGCUAAAACUCGAUUUGAACGUAAUCGGUGAUGAAGGGGCACAACACAUUGCGGAUGCAUUGCGAACGAACAGGACACUCACCACGCUAAACAUCGAGUCGAACGCAAUGAGUACUGAAGGAGCACAACACAUUGCGGAUGCGUUGCGAGCGAACAGGACACUCACCACGCUAAAGUUCGGCUAUAACAGAAUCGGUGCUGAAGGAGCACAAUACAUUGCGGAUGCAUUGCGAACGAACACGACACUCACCACACUAAACCUCACGUGGAACGGAAUCAGUGAUGAAGGAGCACAACACAUUGCGGAUGCGUUGCGAACGAACACGCUACAGACACUCACCACGCUAGAUCUCGACUAUAACGGAAUCGGUGAUGAAGGGGCACAACGCAUUGCGGAUGCAUUGCGAACGAACACGACACUCACCACACUAGACCUCCGUAGUAACCAAAUCGGUGCUGGAGGAGCAGAACACAUUGCGGAUUCGUUGCGAACGAACACGACACUCACCACGCUAAGGUUCGGCUAUAGCAGAAUCGGUGACGAAGGAGCACAGCGCAUUGAGGAUGCGUUGCGUAGGAAUGCAAGCAUCAAUAUGGUGUAG